GUUUUCAUUCCAGAACGUCAAUCUUCAGGGUCCUUUGGAGAUCCCUAGGAAUACGGCAUUGAGCGCAUUGAGACACUCUACACAGAUCUGCGGUGGGGGUGUUGUCUCUAGUUGAUUGGGACUUGUUCGUUUUUCAUCGACAUCUUCAAUUCCAGCUGAUGAUAUACCCGGGCAACCAGCCAGCGCUGGCAUUUUGUUGUCAUGCUUUGUUUUCAUCUCAUGUUGCCGCAUGAACUGAAAUGCAAUAAAUAAUUUUGCCGCUGCACCUGCUAUCCCCUUUCCUGCCGUCUUGCAGCAGCACAGAUGCAACCGCACAGGCGCUUUGAUCCUGCCGCUCGGGAAGCCGAAAAAAAGGGAUUCAGUCGCCUGAUGCUAUCCACGGAGACGGGCCUCGGGAGCGCAAGAAAUGGGAGUCCAUCGGUGCUCGCCUGCUCCGUUGUCGUCGAUGUCAUUGUCGCGAAGACCAAGGCCAAGGCCGAUAUCCGUUCCCUAGCACCCACGUUUCCCCUCCUUCUGCUCCCCGUUUACCCCAGCCCACCCAGCUGACGAAGGGCAUCAUGAGGUCCAGGCGCUAGUGUUAUCGAUUAUCGUUUAUCGAUUAUCACCACUCAGUUCCCACCUCCCCACAAAGGCACAUCGCCAGACAUGCAGGACUCAUGCGCAUCGACUACUGCAGGUGUGUGUGUGUGGCGUCGCGGUGCAGGACUUGCAGCACGAGAUUGGGCUCUGUUGUUCCUGAGCUGCUGACCGCCCUUUCUACAAUAACCCGAACCCCAACCCCGAAGCGACGGUGUGCUAUUCGGACGGCUCGUUAUGCAGUAAAGUAAUACCAGACGUGAUAAUACACAUGGCGAUGAUGUUAGCCAUAGAGUUUUUCGUCGAAUAGCAGGUCGACAACGGUAAAAAUUUAUCCCUCACCGUCAAUCUGUUGUCUGUUGUAGAGCAUAAAAAUUUUCUUGGGCUUUAAUGGCCAUCUUUAUCACGAUCCACUCACAUCACGACGUUGCUCCCAUCUCUCUGCACUGCAUCACCUCACUGGCCUCACAGCUUCUCACGAACUGCUCACCGCCUGACAGUUCGCAGUCCACAGCAUCUCCAACCGGACCAUUUUCAUUCUCGGCCCCCAUCCUCCGCUCCGAAAAGAUCCCUCCUCCCACGCCAGCCUUUCCAUCAUCCCCGAACCCGCGCCGAGUGCGCUAACAUAACUCGCGGGGUCCAGCUUUGCGCAAUGGCGUCGUCCGGCCAGCCCAAGGUCGUGCUCCUUGACAUUGAGGGCACAGUAUGUCCCAUCUCAUUCGUCAAGGAUGUGCUUUUUCCCUACGCUCUCUCAGCGCUCCCAGCAACCCUUGAAGCCCAAUGGGACGAGCCAGAGUUCUCACAGUACAGGGACGCCUUUCCGGCAGAGCAUGCCAGCUCACAAGAAGCCUUGACAGCUCAUGUCAAGGACCUCAUGAGCCGUGAUGUCAAGAUCGCCUACCUCAAGAGCCUCCAGGGUUAUCUCUGGGAGUCCGGCUACAAGUCCGGCGAGCUCAAGGCCCCGCUCUUCGACGAUGUCGCUCCCAAGUUUGUCCAGUGGAAGAAGGCCGGAGAGGAGAUCAUGAUCUACUCUUCCGGAUCGGUGGCGGCGCAAAAGCUGCUGUUCAAGCACACCAACGGUCAGCCGGCCGAUCUGAUUCCCGAGAUUUCCGACUUUUUUGACACUGUCAAUGCUGGGCCAAAGCAAGAGGCGUCGUCCUACCAGACCAUCCUGGCAGCUCAUCCGGAAUUCCCAGAGGCGAACAGCUGGCUCUUCCUGAGCGACAAUGUCAAGGAGGUGGAGGCUGCCAAGCAAGCUGGCAUGCAGAGCUUUGUUGUCGAACGGCCGGGCAAUGCCGAGUUGUCGUCUGAGGACAGAGAGAAGCACCGGGUCAUCAAGACAUUUGCUGAGAUUUAGCUCUGCCGCUAGCCGGAAGUUGAGAUGUCGGAUUGAGCUUGAACGCGGAGAAGAAGGGUGGUUACUUCGGUUGUUGGCUCAAAAUUGAACCGGCUGAUCGGAUUUCUGAUCUCUCGAUUAGAUGAAUCGCACUCUUCGAUUCAGAUUAUUUCAAGGCAUCACCAACAGUCACGACUCAGUCUCUCAUAUCGUGGUCUCAAACUAUGUUAUCUACCACCCCGCUGGGCCUGACGGUAGUCAAAAGCCGGCACCCGCUUAUCGUCAUCAUCACGGGGGUGACGUUUUGUCUUUGUCCACGCAUGCCACUGUCACAAGCCGUCGAGGUUGGGUUACCAUCUAAACAGAAACCACCCCUACUAGCCCCUUAUUUUACACUCGACGCUAUCUACCCCAAGAAUAGCACCAUCCGCUGAAUUUGGUUCUCCUGCUGCCCAAAACCAAGAGGAACGUGAUAACGGUUUCACCCGACCCGACCAGACAGUAAACACCUAACCCAUAUCGCAAUCUUUUGGCUCCCCUCCCUCCUGACCUCAUCGGUUGCAACCUCGCUACCAGACGGACAUGUGUGCGUUGUUUAGCCCCUGAAUUUACCUUUUUACUAUCGCUACUAAUAAAAAACAACCCCAAGCCAGGACAAGAAGGUAGCUAGGUAUGUACCUAGGUACGUUGUAUGUAGCUAUCAGUUUAUCUCAAAAUCGCUAUCUCAUAUUUCAUCAGGAUGUCGUCAACUUUCUCUCGGCCGGCAACGGAGAGCAAAAUCCUUAUCGCUUUUUAGCCCCCCCCCCCUUUUUCUGUAUCAACACCACACUGUUAUCGAUCUCUCAAAGGAAACUCCUGCUGAUCUCUCCCCACAACAACCCCUCUUCCUGAUACAGAUACAGUUUCCCCCUCCCCCUCCCCUCUUAUCAAAUCGAGACAUGUUUUUGCCCGCGUGAGACCAAUUCAGUCUUAUAAAUGUUCAUUCUAAUCCUGUUUGGGCACAACCAAACUACCUCAAGCAGGCCACGCCGGCUUUCCCCGUUCAGUCUAGCUUGCGAGGGGGAGAAACUCCACCAAAAAUCCGGGGAAGUUGCAUGCGCUUGGGCUUGACAUGGGCAAGAUUGAUGCUAACAAAUGCGCCACCUCAAGGGUAGGUAGGUGGUCAGCUCUCGGCGGUUAAACCGCCAGCUCUCUCCUUGCUCACAAAAGAGGAGGUUAUGGUACGCAGGAGGCAAUGAAUGGUGCAACAGCCCGUCGUCCAUACUGCGGGUUCCCCCGCCAUUGCCGCUUUACUGGGAGUGAGCUAGCUUCAUUGCUGCUUGGAACCGCCCAGCCCCGCCAUCUCCCCCCAAGCCAAAGAAAGGCAAACCCAUUGCGCUGCUCUGAGAAUAUAAUCGUCAUCAUAUGAUCAUCAGCCAGCGCGCCCCUCUACGAUUACCCCCGGCUAUUUUACUCAAUAACCCAAUCGCUUCCAAAUCACCCCUCCCCCUUAUCCUACCCCCGUCCAUCCCAACCUGGUACCAUCACGGGAUCUACCGAAACUCUGAAAGAGAAAAAGUUGUUGAGAGCGAAAGCGCCUCCCGCGGCUGCACAACCGAGCACACACACUUCCUAACGGUGGCUCAAGUGACACCGACGAUCAUUUCUCGCCUCCUCCUCGGAGAAUUCACCAUCACCACCACCUCGUCCACCACCACCACCCACAUCACC